UCACUUUUGUUUUAAAAGACAGAAAAAAAAAUGGGUUCCAUAGCUGUUGAUGUGCAUGAGAUUCCAAUUAUAGAUUUUUCUAACAAAGAGUUGAAGCCAGGCUCACACGUGUGGGCUUCCACGUGUGACCAAAUUCGAUUUGCACUCGAAGAGUAUGGUUGUUUCGUAGCCAAAUAUGAUGAACUAUUGUCUAAUAAUGAAGUUGAUACACAAAUCUUUUGCAAAUCGAAGGAUCUUUUUGAUCUCCCAAUUGAGACGAAAAUGAAGAACACUAGCGAGGAACCAUUUCGUGGCUAUAUUGGCCAAAUCCCUCAACUUCCACUCUAUGAAGGUUUAGCCAUUGAUAGGGCAACAAGUCUUGAACAAGUGAGGAAGUUCGUCGAUCUUAUGUGGAUCAAUGGCAACCAUCAUUUUUGUGAUAUUGUCCAUUCAUAUGCAAAGCAAAUAGCCUUAUUAGAUGAGAUGGCUACAAAAAUGGUGUUUGAAAGCUAUGGAGUGGAGAAACAUUGGAAGCCAGUUGAGGCUGUUCGCAGUCAUAUUCUUCGAUUUUCGAAAUAUGAUGAAUCUAAUCAAGACUCUGAUACCACUAUAAGGUUUAUUCCCCAUACAGAUAAGAACUUCACAACAAUACUUCACCAAACCCAGGUUGGUGGUCUCCAAGUUCAAGCCAAGGAUGGCACCUGGAUCAGCGUUCACCCAAAACCUUCUCAUUUUCUCCUCAUGGCUGGCGACAUGAUGAAGGUAAUACAUAUUAUUCUAGUUAGUAAAUAUAUUCGCCCUACUAGUUUAUAA